AUGGGCUGCUUCCUCUCCUGCUUCCGCGGCGGCUCCGAUCCGUCCGGCGAUCUCCGCGACCCGCUCGUGAGGGAGAGCCGCCUGGGGGACGCCUUCCUGAACGACGAGAAAAAGUUUGACGAAGCAACUGGAAAGCUGGAUGCGGAGGUGGCUAAUGGCCACGGAAUCGACGAGGAGCUUCGGAGAGAGGCCAAUUAUCUCAAAUCAUGUGGCACAAUAUCCCAAACCCCACCGGAGAUUCUAGAUCCAAUCCCAAUCAAUUCAGAAGAUGCUAAAGAGUGCGGUGACACACCAACCAAUGUGCAGCUGAUGAAAGAUGCAGUGCUACUUGAAGAAAACUCAUCCGAAUUGCUUAACUCUGAUGAGCAUGAUAUAUCGAGACAUGAGCAGGACAUUGAUGAAGGUACUCUCAGGGUGGGAUCAGAAACUCAGUCAUCAUUAGAGGACAAGCCUUUAUAUCACAAUUUUAGAGAUCAAAGCAGUGAUUCUAAUGAUUCACCUUAUCCAACCCCUCUGGUCCUCAGGGGUGACAUUCAGACUCCUGGAACUUACUAUACUGCUUAUAAGGAGACUUCGAAGCCUGGAAAGCGUACGAGGGCUAGCAGACAGUUCAUCUACCCUGUUCUGCGACCCAUCGAGAACAAGAUGCAGUGGAUGGAACUAAAAGCUGAGUCUCCUGUGUUAUCAUCCAAUCCUCCAAAAAGAAGGAAUUUGAGCGCAGAUUCCACCGAGAUGGCUCAGCAGACGUUUGCUAGUUCUACCGUUACAGAGACAGAAUCUUUAGAAUAUGUAUCCUUCCCAAUUUAUGACAACUAUGCAGCGCAGAAUGAAGUGAUGUCACCUGAUGAACCCAAGGGUCAGAAUGUCAACCAACUGCUGGAUGAAGGUGAGGAGUCAUCGAAGCAAAGUUCAGAAUAUGGGAAGCAUAGAGUUACGAGCUUGUCUCAUUGGCUGAAGCCACCAUCCGCAGAUGACGAGAGCAACAGCAACCCUGAUGAUGGCAACGUUGGGAAGGAGACAUGGUAUGAGGCGAGCGUCUCUGAUGUGCCUAUCUUUCCUACAUUUGGUUUGAACUGGGAAACCGACAAUCCUACUCCUGUCUUGCCCAAGGCAUGGGACGGCAAUGGCAUCCCAAAUACCACAACCAAAUAUAAGGAGGACCAGAAAGUCAGCUGGCACGCCACGCCCUUUGAAGAAAGGCUGCUGAAGGUUUUGUCCGACGAGAAACCUCGUCAUGAAAGGAAAAUCAGUGGGAAGCUUAUCCACCUCGAGGAAAAUGCCGAGUAG